CGCCGUCGCCGUCGCAUCCUCCCUCUAUCGCGUCCCCGCGGUUCCCACCCCGUUCGCGAUGGAGGAGGUGGUGGAGCCGAAACGAGAGCAAAAUUUGGUGAGGGUGGGGAUGGAGGCCUGGACCCAGUCGUUCGGUGCAUCCCACAAGAUCAGGUUAGUCCAUAUCCUGAAGAAUCUCCACACCGCGGAGGUCAAAAUCUACUCAGACGCCUCCAGGGAGUUUAUCGAGCUACUGGACGGCGAGUCUGGCGGCGAGGUGCUGCGGGAGUAUGUGCAGCAGUCGCCGCAGCUCGUCGAGCUUGUGGAGGCAUGGCGGCUGCACCGGGAGAAGCCGGGGAUGGCGUACAUACUCUCGCUCUUCGCCACUGUCCUGGGCCACCCUGGUGGUAAGUCGCGGCAGCAUGCUGUAUGCAAGAAGUGCUUGGACGGAGUUGCGAGGACGAUACUGGAGGAUAAGGAGAAGACGGGGGAUGUGUACCUGGAGCUCAAGAGCGGCGAGUUCCGGCGGCAGAAUGCUGCAUUGGAUUUGCUUGCUGCUAUUGUCAGGCGUGGUGGCGGGUUGGCCUCUGAGGUUGCCGAGAGCUUUGAUUUUAAGAUGCCUAUUCUGACGCAGCUAGCAGGGAUACAGAAGAAGAGAGGGGGCAGAGAUGGGAGGAAUCAGAAAAAAGGCGCUAAUUUCGGGUCGACAAGGCGAUCACUUGUUGGGUUUGCCAUGUCCUUCCUGGAGGUUGGGAGCCCAAGGCUACUAAGAUGGGUCCUUCAACAGAGGGAGCUUUACUCAGGGGUGCUGCGCGGGAUUGGAGAAGAUGAUGCCGAGACUGUCGUGUAUGUCCUCUCAACAUUGCGGGAUAAUGUUCUGGUAGAGGAGUCACUUCUCCCACCAGGGCUCCGGAGUGUCCUUUUUGGGAGUGCCACACUGGAGCAGCUGAGCCUGAUAUCGGGGAAUUCGGAUGCAGGGGAGGCAGCUGAACUUGCCCAUCAUGUGUUGGUCAUGGUCUGCACUGAUCCAAAAAAUGGAUUGAUGCCAUCCUCACACCUGAGAGGUAACGAGAAACGUUUGCUGGAUCUCAUGAAGAAGUUGAAAGCCACUGAGGUGAUUCACCACAAGAAUUUGUUGCUGGCUAUUGUGAGUAAGAGGCUUUCUCUUUGUUCAGCAUACAUGAAUGAGUUCCCCUACAAUAUUGAACCACGGUCAUCCCCCUCAUGGUUUGCUGCCAUCUCCCUAGCAGCGGAUGUGAUAUCUUCAGCAAAAUCUGAUAGCAUAUUUCAUAGUCUCCUGUCACAUGAUCUGGUAUCUGUCGACGAUGAACAAGUGCAAGUACUUUUGAAGUGCAUCGUGCCCCAUGUGUGCUCUCGGUCAGUGAUAAACAGGGGAUUGCUGCAUUCGGAUGAUCUUGUAAAGCAUGGUUCUCUCAGGCUUGUUUCCGAGUCACUGAACCUAUUGUGGCAUGUUACUGAAGCAAUCAGUGGUAUGGUAUCAAGCGUGAGAUUGACAUCAGAAUUCACUGGCUCAACAAAAGGAAAAGUCAGAAUGAAUGGUUUCCCAGGAUUAAGCUGUUCCACUCCAACAGAUGCAUCCGUGGCAGGUCAGGUUCACCAGGCAGACGAAACACGUGUCAAGAGGUGGAUAUCUCUGAGAGAAUACAUUCAAGAUGAAGUGCGUGGAGCUAUGCCUGAUCCACAGGUUCUUCUCAAGUUACUCUCUUCUGCUAGUCAGAAACGUCAAAAUUGUCCUCAGAGUAGACUAAAGAGACACGCCCAGCUUUGCCAGCCUCCUCAAAAGAAACAGAAAUGUGAUGCUAUCGAUAAUGAUGAUGAUAUUAUUAUAGGCGGAAUUGAUGUUGAGCAGGCUAAGGAUGAAUCUGAAGAGCAAGAUCAGGACUUGGCAAAUGACCAUGCUACCACUCUGUGUGAGAUAUGGGGCUUACAUAAGGAAGAUCUGGAGUUGAAAGAUGCAGAAGUGGUAGACAGUGUUUUUCACUCGAAGUUGCUUGAUGUUCUCCGGCUCUAUUUGAGGGUAAUGCCCAGCUCUUUUGAUGGAUCAUUUGACUUCUUUAGGGUUAUACCACCUAACCCAUUGAAAUUGUCCAAGGAUGAGCAACACUGCUUACUAUCUCUAUUAAUUGAGUAUUCAGGACAAUGCGAGGGACGUUGGGACCCAGAGAGAGUUCCAGAAUCAAUGUACAAGCAUUUGCCACCACUGAUUGACAUCAUGUUGCAUUCACAAGUUAAGAGCAUCCGUGAUGAAGCAUAUAUUUUAGUUAAAGCUGCUUUCGCAAGUUCUGGUGCAUUUGAUCAGAACUUUGCGGAGAUUGAUGCAUGGCUGCUUUUCUUGCCGGGUUAUGAAGCCAAAUGGUCUGUAGGAGAGAGCCUAGGAGUCGGAUUAUCUAAUAAACUGUCUCACCUUGUGGUCCCUUUCCUUUGCGAUGCUAUUUCAGUCGUCGGGAACAAUUUGUACAAAUACCAAGAGCACAUGCGGAAGUUUAUCUCUAAAUCAGGCCAGUUUGAAGGGUAUUCUCCAGCUUUCAGUCCUCUGAUUGUUUGUGUUCUUCAGAAAUGCCUUAGGCUACUCGACUUGGAGUCUGGAGGUAUGAAAUUACAUGAGAAGUCCACAAUUUCAGUAUAUGUGUGCAACACAAUUUACCUUAUUCUGCAAUCCCAGGUAGAUGCUCAGUUAUUGCUUGACCUUAUUGGGGCCAUUCUAAAUGAGAGAUUUGAUAAAUUUUCUUCAGAAGAAAUACAGUCUAGGACUUAUUUUGCUGAAUGGAGGCCAUUGAUAAAUUUGUUGCAUAUUUUGAGGGGUAUCUCGGACCAACAAAGUACUAGUUUGUUCAUGACCGUGGAACAUUCUUCUGAACACCAUUCAAGCUCUUUGUCCUCUGUAUCUAGAAAAGUUGAAGAAAUGUUAAGUCAGCACCACACCAAUUUGCCAGAUGAUGUAGCUACAGCAUUCUUAUUUUCAAUCCUGUGUGCACCUCCAGAAGAUAUUAUCCGUAGCUUUCCAGAGCUUCUUGAUGUUGUGAAAGCACACUUUCCUUCUCAUCUGCAAUUCUUGUCAUCGGUUCUUUAUCUGCAACAUGAUUAUCUUGCUAAAGUUGCUAGUUGUUGUCCAGAUAUGUUCUUCUGUAGUCUCAGACAGAUCGAGGGUAAUCUUGAUGUUGAUCGUGCCAGCACUAUUGAGGGAAAAUGUCAAAACCACACAAUUUCUACAGAAUCAUCUGCAAUGAGUACAUUUCUGAAUGUGACACCAUUCUGUGCGCUCUUACCUUCAGUAUUAAGCCUUGCGUUCUCUGCACCAGCUGAAACUGCGGAGGCACGUGCACUGCUACUUGAUGCACCUGUACGACUUCUUCGAGCUAAGCUUUCUGAAAGUAAAAUCAGUGAGUUGACAUUCAAUCUGAGAGUCAUCUUAUUCUGGAGCCAUCGCUUGUUGACGUCAUACACUGUGAAGUAUUCAAAUGUUCUUGAACAACUUUGCCAUGUAUGCUUCACUCUUGUUGAUAGCAUAUUUGAGGGGAUUCGAGUUUUGGCUGCUGAUACUGCUGACUUAAACGCUUCGGCAGAAUGUUUCCAAGAAAUUGUUGAAUCUGUUCUCCAGCAUCCUGUUAUUUUCCUGUCAUUUCCCUGCAAAAAAGGAGUAACUGCCCUGUCUUUGCCAUGUUCCUUAUCCAAUUGCCCGGACUUAACAGAUAUGAGUGUGGAACAUGUGGAAGAAGCUUUUACUAGUUAUUCAAAGAAAAAUCUGCACCUUGUGGAUGGUUUUGUUUUGAAUCUUCUUAGUAAACUUUAUGACCUUUUACUAUUGGCUGAUAAUGAUGGUCGAUCCCUAGAGUUACUGUUUGCUUCCCCAAAGGUCAUGCUUGAAAGAAUAUUACUGUUGUUCAAGGAGAAAUUUCAACUCUCCAUGAACAAAGGGAACUUUGGCCUGCUUUUGCCAAAUUUCUACAUGGUUCGAGCGUUAACAAAAUUCAUGUCCCCUGUCGGACUUCUGGAACUUGCAAAUUGGAUGUUCUCAGAGUUAGAAAGUUGUGGUUUGAACAGUUCAGUUGCAUUUUCUCCUGCUGCUUUUGUAUCUUUAUAUAUUGCCGACAUUGCCAUGGAAUUUCUGUACGAUUUUCUUCAACAAGCUGACCACAGUUCAGAAUCCUUUCGCUCAUGGGGCUUGGAGAUUCAAAAUUCUGAUAUUGCCACCAUUCAGCGAGUAUAUCAUGGCAUUCUUCAUUGUACUAAACUGAAUUUUGAAUUUGCUGAUGUUUGCUUGCUCAAGAUGCUGAUACGUAUUCAUAAUGCAGAAAGAUCUGCAGGGCAGAACACUGAGUAUACUGCAUUCCAUAUGAUGUUAUCUACCAUAGCCAUCAACACUCCCCUUAGCAUUCUUCAUCACUGUAUGUUUCCCACAUCUAAGGUUAAAGCAAAAGCUGUAUGGUUGCUUUUGGAAGCAAGUCCUAUGCACAUGAACUUUUUUGGCCAGAUGUUAAUGAAAGUUCUAGAAAAAGAAGCUUCUUUGCAAGACAGGGAUUAUGACUCUAGUUCUUCACGAGCACAUGAGCAUAUACUUCUGUUACCUGCUGCUCUGUCAUACAUGAAGCAUCACAGUGAUGGUCAUAUGCAGUGUGUUGAAUUCCUUGAGCCAGUAGCGAACUUUUACUGCGAACUGUUAUUGGGUGAUGGUGGUUUUCCACGUUGGAAAAGUUUUAUUACUACAAGCAUUUUUGAGGAAAAUUUUAGCGACUUUAGACACGAAUCAGUUCAAGGUAUGCUGGAUUAUUUCAGUGACACUCUUUUGGGGAAGUCAGUUACCAUGUUGCACUACUACUUGUCUUCAAAAGAAAUAUCCCGGAAGCAACGGUUGGAAAUAGUUGCUUCAGUUUGCCCACAAUCUUCUGACCUAUUAGAUUCUGAUGUCAAUGAUACUAGUCAUGACUCGCACAAUGGUAUGCUGAAGCUUACUAAUGAAUUGCUUGCAAAGAUAUCAUUUGUUAGGUUGUUGCUAUCUCCUCCCAGAAGAUUGUUGGCCAAUGAGACAGACUCAGACAGAGAGUCAAAGAGAGUGAACAAUGCUAAGCUGAAUUUCAUAAGCAUGUUGGUCAGAACUUUGGAUAAAAUACUCAGGAAAUUUCCCCGGUGUGAUGGCUUAUCCCACUCUGAUAAGCAACCAAGGGUCAUCUGUUGUUUGGAAUAUACAAUUCUCAAGCAUAUUGUCGAACUGUCUUCAGAGAUUCAAACUCAUCUGAACCAAUUGAACUCAAUACCUUUCCUUAACCAAUUCAUCAAAUCAUCUCUCUUGCAUAGAUUCAAUGAUCAUAUCACACUAAAAGCAAUUCGAUGUGUUCUUAUUAUAUUAUCAGAAGGGAAGUUUGCUGCUGAUGAAAUUCUUGAGCUCAUACUGGGCCACUCCCAUUUUCUGUCAUCAAUAACCUACAGUGUAGUUUCUGAAUAUCAAUCUGCAUUUAGUGCUACAGGGAGCCUUCUACAGCCAGCACCAAGCAUUUUAAGAUCAGUCGAUUCUCCUCCCACUCAAGAAAACAAGUUCCAAAUUUGCGUUGCAGAAAAGAGAAAAAUUGAAAUCAUCAGAUUACUCAGGGUACUGUAUGAUAUUAAGACCAGGCAGCAGAAUAAUAGCCUAUUGAACGAAUCAAGAGAGCUGUGUUUCUUGCUUUUAUCUAUUUAUGGUGCAACUCUUAGUGAAACAGAUUUGGAGAUACUUCAUCUUAUGAAUGAGAUAGAGUCAUAUGAGUGCAAAACCAUUGCUGAAGUGGAUCAUCUAUGGGGGACUGCAGCUGUUAAAUAUAGAGAAGAAUUGAAACUAGAUUAUUCAACAUCAGAAAUCCAUAAAACAGAGAACACAGAAAGUAAUGGUAGGCGAAGAGCGCUAUUUCGGGAGAACAUGCCCAUUGAUUCUAAGCUCUGUGUCACGACAGUCUUACAAUUUUGCUACAAAAGAUCUUCAAGGACUUCUGUCUUCUCACUGGAACAGCUUCGCCAGGACAACUUUUGUGAUAUUUUGAAGACAACACCUCUGAGUGUGGACAUGGUUCAGAUUUAUGAUCCCAUGUUCAUCUUGCGCUUCUCAAUUCAUGCUCUUUUCAUGGGUUACAUCGAGCCUGCUGAAUUUUCCCGAGUUGGGCUGCUUGCUAUUACGUUUGUUAGCAUAUCAUCUCCUGAUGAAGAAUUGAGGAAGCUGGGUUAUGAAUCCCUAGGAAUAUUCAAAAAAUCACUUGAGGCUUCUCAGAAAAGCAAGGAAAAGUGGCACCUCCAGCUUCUUUUGACAUAUCUACAGAAUGGGAUAUUUGAACCAUGGCAGAGAAUACCUUCCAUCAUUGCUAUUUUCGCUGCAGAAGCGUCUUUGACACUGCUGGAUAGCUCACAUACUCAAUUCAAUACCAUAAGCAAAUUUUUGAUGAAUUCAGCCUCUGUCAAUUUGCAGAGCAUUCCAUUAUUCCCAACAUUAUUGAAGAGUAGCUCUGUGAAUUUCAAAGCUGAUCGGUUGUGGAUACUUCAGUUAUUAUAUGCCGGGUCAAAUCUAGCUGAUGAUGCUACGAUAUGCAAGAGAGGAAGUGUCUUGGAGCUUUUUCUUGCCUUUUGUUCUUCGGCUGUUUCAGAUUCUGAAUCAAAGCGUUUAAUCCUUCAGGUGCUAACGAAGUGUGUGAAGCUGCCUGUUCUAGCUCAGCAUUUAGUAAAAGAUUGUGGCCUUCUUUCGUGGAUAUCCUCUGUGAUUUCAUCUCAUGACGAAACACUGGGCAGUGUUAGCAAGUCCAGUUCCAGAAUAUUUGGGUUAGCAUUGGAGGUACUCAAUACUUUGAUAUUAUCAAGAUUCGUUACAGAAUGGCUUCAAGAAACAGCACUUGAGCAACUCUCGGAAAUAUCUAAAUACCUGUAUCUGCUAGUUGAAGAGGGCAAACUUAAAGGGAAUAUUCCUAUUUUAACUUCAAUGCUAAAUGUGAUUGCAUCAACAAUGAGGUUGUCUAUGAAAAGGAAGAUAUACCAACCACAUUUUACCCUGUCCCUCCACGGCAUAUUUAAGUUGUGCGAAGCUAUUGAUGGCCAUUCAAGAAGCACCGAACUUAAGCUUACGAUGGAACUUGGUACUGAUGUCGUUCUUAUGAAUGGUCCUCUCCCAAUUUUGUCUGAGAAGGAUAAGUCAAGAACCGUGAUGGUUGUUUCAUGGGUAACUUCUAACAUCUUCUGGUUCCGUAACAAGAAAUCUGUAUUGGAAAUGCCAUGGGAAGAGCCGAUAAAAAACGAGUGUCUACUUUCAAAGAUAUUGCGUUGGUUAGUAGCUUCCGUAAUACUUGGUAGAAUCUCCCGUAUCUCUCCUGAAAAGAGCAAUUGUCCUGGAACUCUUCAGACUUUCUUGAACCGCACAUAUGAAAGGGUUGAAAUGGUGGACAGUCACGUUGCAAAUGAGAGACUAGCUGUCAUUAUACUUUACCUUCAAGACCGUGUCAAAAGAAACAGUGACACUUUGCCAUCGGUUGUGACGGCUCUUUGCUUGUUGCUCCUUGACAGAUGCAGUAAACAAGAUUUGGUUGAUAGUCGUGGACAAAUUGAAAGGCUUUGCUCGAAGAUACAUUGUCCUGCUGAAUCUAAUCCUGCAUGGAGAUGGCACUAUUAUCAACCUUGGAGGGAUCCUGCUUUGCAGCACACUGCAAUAGAGCGCAUGGAAGUAGAGCAGGCCUGCCGAAGCCUGUUGAUUAUAUUUUCUAAUACCUUCAGCGCAGGGUUGCCGCCAGGUGUUCCAGUUCUGUCACUUGGUGACGUCGAGAAGUCUGGCCUGUUCCAGUGGGAAAGAGACUUCAUGGUUAAGCAACCUUACAGUUAGUCUGUUGAAGCUAGAACUGAU